AUGUGUUGGGUGGUGGUGAGAACAUCUCAUCGAUUCAACUGCUGUACGAGACCACCAUGAUAUAAAAGAUGAGAGGGAACUUACUUGGACUGCUUUUACUUUUAAAAUAUUGCAUUGUACAGAACUUUGAUGAAGACAUCAGGGACUUUGUAGUUGGUAACAGUAAAUUGUUUGUUCUUACUGACCGUCGACUACAUCAGAUGAGACACGAUCUAUCUCUGGAAAAGACUAAGGAUUUGGAUGACACAGAUCCAAACGCAGUUACACUUCUGGUGCCUUUUGAGUCGAACGGCACCCUGAUUACAUGUGGAACAUCAAACGGUGGAUACUGUGAAGUUCUUGAUCUCAAUGUUGUUACAAACAGCAUUUACAAAGAAAAUUUAUCUACUGUACCACAACUGAAUGAAAAAUCCAUAGCAUUCAUAGUGGACAGCAGUCCCAAUGGUGCUUACCUGUUGGUUGGGAAGAAGGACUAUAUUCAAAAUUACCAGUACCAUACUAUUGUCACUUUGUGGAGCACUUUACAUUCUCAACCAGGCACCAUAUUCUCUACAGUAGGUGAGGAUGCCGAUGCUUACAUUCAUACAACAAGAGAUGUGGAGUUUAUAGACGGGUUUCAGAUAAUUUUGCUCAAACUCUCGUACCUGUUUCUCAACGCAAAGACUGAAUCCGGUUGGCAAGCGUUUGCCCUCAGACUAAAUAACGCCAAAGGAAAGAAGAAAGACAUUCUGAAGAGCAUAACUGGAACAAUGUUGGACUGCUGUAGUAAUGAAUCUCAUCCUGUCCUUGUCGCAUCAGCUCUUAUUUCUUCAGAUAAAGCUGUGAUCUGGACAGGUGUCUUCAGUGCGCAGGGUGAUCCAGAGAACACAGCACUUGCUGUUUACGACCUCAGUAAUGUUAAUGGUAAAGUGAAAGAUUUCUGCUUCACCGGUGAGAGAUGUAGGUCUAAUCCUAAACAUCAGCCAAUAGCAGAAGUUUUUAAAAAGUCAAUGAGUUCAGUAGCAGCAGUUAGGAGUGAAUCCUGGAUUGUGCUCUUCAUUGGAACCAAAGAUGGACAACUAAUAAAGGUUGUGUUGGAUGAGAGUUUCAGUCCAGGCUGUCCCACAGUGCUGUACAGAUCUGAUGAUGAUCAGGAAGUGCUUACCAAGAUGCAUUUAGAUCCAGUAGAUAACAGACAUAUCUACAUAGCUCUGAAAAAACAGAUCAGAAGAGUGUCUGUGGUUCAGUGUGUUAAACACAACUCUUUGAGAGACUGCAGAGCUGCGCUGGAUCCUCUCUGUGGUUGGUGUGUUGAGACAUGCAGAUGCUCCACCCAGGAUGAAUGCUUGAUCUCCUCAUGGAUAUCCUUCCCAAAUAACUAUAUUCAGAAACCACUGCUGUCUUUUCAGGUGGCAGAGAAAUCCUCUAGAGAGAUGACUCUACAUCUCACCUUGAGUCUGGACAGCACACAAAAUCCUGCCGUCUUCUCAUGUACAUUCACCACAGUGGGUGUGAACCUUUGUAACGGAUCUGAUCCUGCUAUAAUUUUUCCAAACUGCUCCUGUGGUUUUUCAGACCAGCUACUGUCUAGCGGAGGUUUGGAGGUCUUUGUUGCAGUUACUGUUGAGGAUCAGAAGUUCACAGAGACCCUGAUGCUGAAGAACUGCUCCAGUAUUACAGAUAAUUCAUCAAUGGCUUCUUAUACAGAGUGUCUGCAGUGCGUCUCAGCUGGAUGUCAUUGGUCCUCUUCUUUUAAGCGCUGUGAUUGGACACAUGGAUUUGAUGAACAGUUCCACACACCGGAUGCAUGUAAAGAUUUACAGACAGACUACAAGGAGCCAAAAAUUUUGGCUAUAGAGCCGAACAGAGUUUCUUUCCAUGGCAAAAACAAUGUUUUACUAACAGGAAGCAACCUGGAAUCUGUCACCAAAAUCCGUUUUCAAGAGGAUCUGGACUGCAUUACAAAAGAGUUUCCUGUGUUUGAUCGUUCGAGUGACCGUCUAAAGUUCAACGUUCCUCCCAGUGAAACUAAAGGAACACUAAAAGUAUGCGUUGUUACUGAGGAUGACCGUUGUUAUGGUAAAAGCAUCAUUACUUAUAAUUCCCAGCCCAGCUGCACAGGAAUACAACCCAAAGUCACCUGGAGAAGUGGAGGAAGGAAGAUUCAUGUACAGGGGAUCAAUAUGGAGUUUGUGGAAUCGAUCAUUAUCCGUCCUUCCAGUAAAGAGCUCAAAUCACAAUACAGCACAAACUCCAAGGAUUUAUGGUUUUACACCCACCCUUAUGAUGGCAGUGGUCUCAUUAAUUUGAUGUUGAAAGUUGGUAACGUCACUUUAGACUGUGCCAGUUUGACCCACCAGCCUGAUCCAGAGUUCAUUGGAUUUACAACCACACAGAUGGACAAUAAUGUACUGGUGAUUAUAAAGAAAAAUGCAGAUAAGUUGAAUCUGAGUAUGAAUGAGGUGCAGGUGUCUGGUCUACAGGGCGAUGAUGAAUAUGAGUGUGUUUUAGUGAAGAUUGAUUCCAGUGCCAUUACAUGUACAAUUAAAGGAGACCUCCAAACAGUGGACUCUAUCACUAUAAAGGUUGGAAAAUCGUUUGUUUUCAGGAUGGGACAAAGCAGUACAAAGUCUUUGUUUUGUAUCAGACCACCAGAUACAUCUGGCUAAGCAUAAAGGGGCUAAAGUCUGUGAUUAUUUGGAAAAGCAUAAUUUUCAUGUAAAAACAUAAAAGACUAAAAUUUUUCCUUAACUUUUUUAAAAGUUUUAAAGGUCACGUACUUUCUGAUCCCAUUUUUCAAACUCUAGUUAGUGUGUAAUGUUGCAUGUUGCUAUAAUAGCAUAAAUAAUACCUGUAAAAUGAUAAGCUCAAAGUUCACUGCCAGGUGAGAUAUUUUUUCUUUAACCGAAUUCACCUUUCAAAGCCUACAGCGAACGGGCGAUUUGGACUACAGCCCUCUACUUCCUGAUUUAAUGACGUAGAACAGUUUUUUGACUAAACUCCGCCCAUAGGAAUACGUCAGUCGCCAGCUAAGCUAACGGAUAGCUAAGCUGCUUUUGAAUCACAACACACUAAAUAAGCUACACAAUCAGAACUCGAUACGUAUUUCUGAUGGAGGGACUUCAUAGAACAAGGAAGACAUCAGCCCGUUUUUAGGACAGUGAAAACAGUGGUAUAUAAAGGGUAUGCAUUGACGUCACUUUUCCACGUGACCACGCCUGAGCAAGCCCUGUUGAGUGGCAAACGUUCAACAAAAUGGCUGGUUUUCACAGCGGCUGCUGCAAAAAUGCCAAUAAAACUGACGAUUGUCAGCUCAAAUUAAAUUUAGUUGGACUUGAUAGCAGAGGUGGACAAUACUUAGUUACAUUAGUUACAUUUUCCAAGCAUCUGUGCUUUAUUAGGGUAUUUUUCUUGUGAAAAAAAUUACUUUACUACAUUCUAAAGCAUAGAAUCAU